AUGGAUGUGAUUGGUGAAGCAGAAAAGAAGCGGGAGGUUCCACCAAUGUUGCGGAAAGUUUUACAUUAUGAUGUGCAGAUCACAAAGAAGUUUGUGGAACUGGCCUUGAAAAUUACUGCCUUAAGGUCUAUUCGCAAUAAUUCUAAACUGUUUGAGGUAUCAUGUCACGGCAUUGUGUGGUUGGCUGGAUGGCUCACAUUUAUCUGGCUCUUUAACAGCAAGGACCUUUAUCAGCUCCAAGUUAACAUGUUAAUAGCGCUCAUCUUGGAUAUAGUGGUGAUAGCUGUUGUAAAAGCGGCUGUCCGAAGACGUAGACCAGUUCCGAUGAACAAGCUCUUGGAGGUCGGACCAGACAAGUUCUCCUUCCCGUCGGGGCAUGCUAGCAGGGUCACCAUGAUAGCAUUCAUACUAACCUAUGCAGAUCCUAUCAGCAUUUUCUUCUACCCCCCUCUCUUUGCCUGGGUUACAACAGUAUGUAUUUCAAGGGUUCUCGCCGAGAGACAUUAUAUCUUAGAUGUAUUUGGAGGAAUCGUUUCGGGCAUCUGUUUAAAAGCUACAUCAUGA